UCAAGACGAUAAUAACGACGACAACGAUCCCGCCGGCUCUCAGUCGGAGCUUCAGGAAGCUUCAGCUUCCCGCGCCUUACCCGCAGACACUCCUAGGAGGAAACGCAGACGUGCCGACGGUAAUAUGUUGGCGGACGCAGACAGGCCGGUAGCAUCUAAUGGCACUUCGAGGCCUUACGCCAAUGGGAAAUCACAUCAGAGGCCUUCAGUAUCGGGCACCGCAAAUGGAACUAGCAAGGCAGUCAAUGGCUCCUCUAAAGCUAGACAGUCGGAGACGUAUUUCGGCCAUGAUCGCGAAGAGGUCACGAGGUUGCUUAUACAGGCACUCUCAGACAUGGGUUAUCAAUCUGCAGCGCAGAGCGUGAGCCAAGAGAGCGGGUUCGAGCUAGAAAGUCCGAUGGUUGCCGCAUUUAGGAACGCCAUACUCGACGGAGAUUGGGCCGAAGCAGAGCAGCUGCUUUCCGGGGCGAUAUUCUCUGGUGAUCGAGUUGGUGAUAACGGCAAUGGGUUGGUCUUAGCAAAUGGCGCAGACAGGCAGAUGAUGCGAUUCUGGAUACGCCAACAGAAGUUCCUAGAAUAUCUAGAGCAAAGACAAACUGCUCGCGCUCUAGUAGUACUCCGGACUGAGCUCACUCCAUUAUAUCAAGAUACGCAGAAGCUUCAUUUUCUGUCUAGCUUGCUCAUGUGUCAAAAGACAGAAGAUUUGAAAUCGAAGGCAGAAUGGGAUGGUGCAUACGGGAAAUCUCGGCACACUCUCCUAUCUCAAUUGUCGAAAUGCAUUUCGCCAUCGGUCAUGCUUCCAGAACACCGCUUAGCCAUACUGUUACACCAAGUUAAAGCAAACCAAGUUGGAGGAUGUCUAUGGCACUCCUGUGCUGCAUCUCCCUCCUUAUACGCAGAUCACGUGUGUGAACGACAACAAUUUCCAACUGAAAAUGUUUAUGAACUAGACGAGCACGACGAACAAGUCUGGCAGGUUGUCUUUUCUCACGAUGGGACAAAAUUAGCCAGCUGCGGCCAGGGUAAACAAGUCAUCAUUUGGGAUGUUCCCUCUUUUACGCCACUCCAUUAUCUUAGGGAUCACGACGAUGGGGUUGGAAAUGUCGCCUGGAGUUGGGACGAUUCAAUGAUUGUCACGUGUUGUCAGGACCGACAUGCAAGAUUAUGGGAUGCUAAUACGGGUGUAUGCCUUCAAAAACUUGAACGGUGUCAAGAGCCUGUUACGAGUUGCGUAUGGGCUGCAGAUGGCCAGACUUUCGUCACCGGCGCUCUUGAUAAAACCAACGGCCUCGUUCAGUGGAAUCUUUCCGGAGAAAAAGUGUAUGACUGGAAUAGCUCCCACAGAGUCGAGGAUUUGGCUAUCUCGCCAGACGGACACUGGUUGGUUGCAUCUGAUGGAGGAACCAAUGUUCACGUCUACAAUUUCGUCACGCGCGAACUAGAGUAUCAGAUGGACCUUCAAGUGAGGUUGACAUCUAUCAGUAUCAGCCAAAACUCGCGACAUCUACUGGUAAACCAUAAUAACGGCAUUGCGCAACUCAUCGAUCUAAUCCUACGUGAGCCGGUUCAAAGUUAUACGGGUUUUACUAGCGAAAAGUUCAUGAUCAGAAGUGCAUUUGGAGGAGCUGAUGAGAGUUUCGUAAUUAGCGGAAGCGAAGACGGCUCAAUUAACAUAUGGCAUAAAACCAGCGCCCAGUUGGUCGAGAAGCUUAAUGGACACAUUCCGGGGUGUAACUCUGUGUCGUGGAAUCCAGCUGAUCCAUGCCUAUUUGCUUCCUGUGGGGACGACGGCAAGAUUAAGAUGUGCGUGCUCUUUUCAUAUUUUCAUAUCAGAUAUCCCUUUCAAACCGGAAUGCUAACUUUGCUCUAGAUGGUCCAACAACAGCCGGCGUUCCCAGUACCGUAAUAUGAACCGGGGAGUGGACGGCUCUUCAUAAACUCUAACGCGAUUUUAAUUUCUGAUACUUGCAUGGGACUGGCGUAUUGGAUGACGGUAGCAUGGCGCUUCUCAUCUCUAACAUGUCUCAACUCUCGACAGACGCAGACAAGGAGCGACUACCUCCGGGAGAUAUCGUCCUGAUAGAGUAUAUGGUCUGUAUUGUCACAACAGAGUAGC